ACACAGGAGGUGUGUCUCCAUCAGCUGUUUACAUACACAGUGCAAAGGUGGAGCAGUAAUCUUUUCCACCUGAUAGUUGCAUGCAAGAGCUCGAAGAGAAGAGAUAAGAAUCACUGCUGCACCUUGCUAGCAAGUGAAACUAAUCAACUUGGAAAAGGGUGGACAGAGAGUAAUCCUUGGAGUCCAAAUUGAGGAGUGGAGCUCUGAAAUAAGCAAAAUGGCCCCAUUGCUACCAGUGUCUUCAGAAAACUACCAUGUGAAAAUGUUGGCCAUCAUAGAGCAAUGGGAAGGCGAUUACAGGUGUCACACAAACAACACAGGGCAGUAUGUGCUUCUGACGUUCUUCAAGACGUGUCUGGAUGCAACUACUUUGUGGCUUUGCUUCCACAAGAAGCGGAGCUUCAUAAGCGUGUUCAGCUUUUCUCUUCUCCUGUUUGACUCGUUAUUGGCUUUUUUCUUGGCAACCAGGUGGUACAUUAGGGAUGAACAGGCUUUUGUACCAAUCUGCUUCAUCUUGGCUUACGCAUCAGCGACAUGUGCACUGCUGCCGCUGCCGGUGAUGGUGCUGCUGUUAUGGGACUGCAUCUUAGAAAGUGCAAACAUACUCCAUUGCAGUCCCCGUUGGAAAUGUCUACGAAAUGUAUUGUCAACUUGCGGUGUUUGGUUGAUUGCUAUUAUGCUGGCCAGUCUGUCAGUAUCAGCUGACCUGAUGGAAGUGGAGAUGAGCGGAGGGAUGAAGACUCUGGUGUGUGAAGUGCAGGAGUCCACCACAAUUACGUACUCAAUUUUGGUUGUUUUCAUAGCAGUAGUUUUGUCAACGAUUCCCUUUUGGUCCAAGAUUCCUAAGUGGAUGACAGAAGCUGACAGGUUAUGGGAAGUGCGGGACAAACUGCAAGAGAACCACAGAAGCAACCCACUGCUCAUGUCAAGUCUGCCAAAGCACACCGAAGAGGACUUUAUGAAGGAGUCCACUAAGCCUACGCUGCUGCCACCUCUGUGGUUUAGUUUAAUACUGGGCUUUGCUACAUUCUGGAUGCCCUAUCUCCUUGUAUCUGUGGCCUGUUUGACCUUUGACGAGGGAGUACCUGCUUACAUCACUUUCAACCUUAUCUGGCUGGAGUGCAUGAACAGUUUACUGGUGGGUGUCAUGUUCUGGGUAAAAAGCAAAACACACGGACCAUACAGUGACCUGCCAAAAAACGUGUGCUCCUGGAACAUUUACUGGCACUUGAGCAGAGGAACACCACCACAGCAGCUUCCUGAAGCUGUGCGUAAUCCCGUAAAAGUCAACAGAAGCACACUUCUUUGUGUGUGAGGAAACAGGCAAAAGACACUUACAUUUGGCCACUUGGACAAAGGGACAAAAUGGCGAGUGAAUACAAUAAACUCUUGAAUCAUUAUGAAGGAAGACAAAAUGGAAAGAAGCCAAAGCAACAGUGUCAUAAAAUGGUUAGCUGUUGAGGCACAGAUAGCCGUUGAUUCAGAUGUGCCUUCAUAAUUUUCUUUUUAUAUGGGAUGUCCAAGUUACUAUUUACUGUGUUUUCUUAAUCUUCAACAAAAUACUUCAGGGAAAUGCUGGAAUAGUUUAUGAUUUAUAACUUUUCUAUUUGAUUUUGUCCUCCAACUGCCUGUAACAACAACUUCUUUUGACUGCUCCCAUUAGGGGGCGACACAGCAGAUCAGUCGUUUCCAUCUCACCCUGUCCUCUGUAUCUUCCUCUGUCUCACCAACCACCUGCAUGUCCUCCCUCAGCACAUCCAUAAACCUCCUCUGUGUCAUCCUGCCUGGUGGUGCCAUCCUCAGCAUCCUUCUCCCUAUGUACCCUCGGUCCCUCCUCUGCACAUGUCCAAACCAUCUCAGUCUCACCUCUCUAACUUUGUCUCCAAACUGUCCCACCUGAGCUGUCCCUCUGAUAUGUUCAUCCCU